CGUGAAAAUGUAUACUUUUAAUACUUUACCAAAUUUUUCAUAAUGCUAAAAAAUAUUUGUGAUUAAGUAGAAUGCAGAAAACUAAACCAUUCCCGCACUCUGCCCGUAAUGACCUACCGUCCGUCUCACGAGACUAAACCGUAAUGGUUGAACCAAAUAAAAAUGAAAAAAGGGAGGUUAUUUGUAAGGCCGAUGAAACGGAACUCAAAUGGACCUGCCCUCCCAUUCGUAAUAUCACACAUCCUCUGCGCUACUACGAACUUACGCCGGAUGAAAUGAAAGCGCUCGAAGAAUGCGACAAGGAAAGCUUCUACCAGCGCUGUCUGCCUUUCAGCACUCUGUUCUCCGCACUCACUUACGCUGGGAUACGAUUAGGUCACUUAAAACCAAACCCGCGAUUCGGCGCGUUCCCAAAAGUGACUUUGGCUGUGAUAGUGGGCUACUUCCUGGGCAAGCUCUCUUAUCAGCAGGCCUGCGCGGAGAAGCUCAUGGCACUACCAGGCAGUUACAUAGGCCAGCUGUUGAGGGAUAAGAAGGAGGGGAGGUUUGGGCAGCCGACGAAGCCCACCAACCCGAUGUUCGGCGCGACGCCGGACGACGUGUACUCGGACGCGGGGCCCGGCAGUUCCCUGGACCUCGACACCGACCGCCCGCUCUUCGGAGACGACCACUACCGGGCAGGCCAGGAGACCGGUCCGGGAGCCCUCGGGCCGGAGGGCGGCCCAGCGAGGCCCGUGCUCUCUUAUGAGGAGCUGAGGCGUAGGAACCGCGGCGAGUACACUGAGGCGCGGCAGGACCCGUACAAAAUCGAACCGAGCACCAUCCCACCUAUUACGAGAGCCAGACCUGAGCCUCGGCAAUCCUCGUCCACUAACAAGUACGGAGACUCGAUGGAAUAGAUGGACAGACACAAAGUAAGCGACUGGAGUUGACUUGAACAUUACUUCUAUAUUUUACCACUAGUCGGUUUCUAGCGCGAGGCACUGCGAAGUUAUUUGAUACGAACCACUGAUUCCCACAAAGAAACAAGAUGCAAAGGUUCUCAAAUAAAUACGUAAAUGAACAUUUGCCAUGCGAAUGAGUAAUGCGAAAUUUAUUAAUAUAUUUAAAGUCUUUAUUUGGCUGAACCUGCUCAACAAAGCACACUUAUAACGAGGCACCAGUUAUUGUAAUAUCGGCAUUAGUGGCGCAACUAUCACGUACAGAUCGCUGCAGUUAAAGGUCAUAUUAAACUUUGAUUCAGUAAUCUUUGUCACUUCAAAAUUCAAUGUUAAAAAAACCAAUAUGCCAGAUCAUUAUAUUUUAACCUUUUAUAUUGUCAAAGCUUCAGAUGUUUAUAUGUUUGUUUGUAUCUAUUUAAAUGUGAAUUGAACAUAUUUGAUUAUUGUAAUGACACUAUACAGAAUUUAUAAUUGUAAAGAAAAAAUUAAUUUUUAUGAAUGUUGUUACAAAUAAUUACUUGGUGGUGCGUCCUAUGAAUAAAUAAACAGGUCGGAAAUAAAACAAUGUGAGAAUUAGUACUUUGUAAAACAUUAGUUAGUGUCGACUAAUCCAAAAUACUUAAAAGUUUAACCUAAUAUGAAGAAAUCUUAGUAAAAUAAUUUUGGUAUUAGAGUAUGUUGGCAUGCAGCUAAAUGUAACCUUGCGAGCACACGUUUUACAUGCUGCGACUAAUUUCACAUUAAAAAUAAAUCCUGCAAUGUGUGCCCUUACAAUACUCACAAAGAACAAAGAACCUAGAAGGUGGGAACUACGCCGAGUGGUAUUUCAGUCACAGAAUUAAAAACAUACAGAAUCCACGUUUAGCCGUUAUUGUAUGCAGUGCAUUAUGUCCACAAACGGCGAAAACGCCCCGCGCACGUCACUCUCACUUUACAC